AUGCCUUCUUAUAAAAGAUAACAAUGAAAAAUAGUAAAACGGCAAGUGACCUUGGUUUGACCUUUAGUUAUGAAGGUGAAAUUUUACAUUCUUUGGCAGAGGCUAAUAAAGUGAAUGAUUUAGAAAAAGCAAUUAUUCAUGGUACAUUUGGUGAUAUUAAGUCAGUUGAUAAAGAAGGAAGAACUUUACUUCAUACUGCUGCAAAAUCUGGAAGUGUUGAUUGUGUUAAACUGUUAUUAAACAGAGGAGCUGAUCCAAAUGCAAGUUCUGGUAUUGAGGAUCGUUGUUCGACACCACUUCAUCAUGCUGUUGCCUAUGGAAAAGUUGACUGUGUAAAAGCAUUAGUUGAGUAUAAUGUAAAUUUCGAUUUAAAGAACAGCAUGGGAAAAAGGGCACUUGAUCUUGCAACUGAGAGUUAUGCACCUGAAGGCCUUCUUUGUGCUGAUAUCAUCAGAAAAGUUAUUGCUCAGAAGGAAAAGGAUGCUGAAAAUGCAAAGUCUGAAGCCCUUUAUGACUUGGUUUCUGCAGGAGAUUUCUCAAAUACGAAGCAUAUUCUUGAGACAUUAAAGAAUCCAUGCUCUAUUAUAAAUAACUAUUUUCGAGGACAUAAUACACUGUUAUUUAGGGCAAGUUUUUAUGGAUAUAAAGAUAUUGUUCAACUUCUAAUAGACUACCAAGCUGAUGGUCGACCAAAUGCUGAAAGUGGGCUAACACCUCUCUAUGCUGCAUGCUAUCAUGGUCAUUAUGAUGUUGCUGUUCUACUUUCAAAGACUUUUCCUAACCUUUUGUUAAUUCCACUUAUUUGUGAUCUAACAUAUCCUCUACAUGCUUGUGUAAUGAAAGAGCAAGAACAUAUUGUAGAAUAUUUAUUAAGUUUGCGUAAGCAACCAGAUUCAGAUGUAUCUAAUGAUUUUAGUUCUAGAAAUUCCUUUAAUAAAAGUGGUUCUGAAAAUUAUUACGUAGACAUUAACAAACCAACAGGAAAUGGAUUGACAUGCUUACACAUGGCCGUGAUGUUUGGAAAUUUGAACAUUAUUCAAAUGUUUUUAAACUGCAAACCUUUCAAAAAAGAGUCAGAGGAGGAAAAAUUUCCGGGUUGUUUGGUUAUUGAUAAAGUAUGCGAUACAAAAACAGCGUUUCAUUAUUCACUUGUUGUAGACAACCGAAAUAGUUUAAAAUGUGCAGAGAUGUUAAUUAAAGAUGGUGCUGAUGUAAACAAACGGUUUGAGGAUGGAAAUGAUUUUUGUACUCCUUUACAGUAUGUAUGUAGAAAUGAAAAAAAAGAGUUUAUUAAGUUGUUUAGAAAAUAUAAUGUUGAAGAUAUCAAUGGAGAGGCUCUAAAUGAUGCAAUGGCAAAUGAUAAGGAUAUAGCUGUAAAUGAGCUUUUGAGUGAUGGUGUGACUGAUAAUGAAGAUGACCUUGCUCUUGCUGCCAGUGAAGUUUGUCAUAAUUUAAAUCCUGUAUCAAUAUCUUGGAAAAAUCGACACAUAAAGUGCUUAAAAGACAAAUGGAUCUUAAAUUCAGCGUUGAUUAUGAAUUCAAAUAAAGAUUUUUUAAAAAAUGAUAUAUCUCUUCAAAUGAAAGUAAUUACGAAUAUUAAUUUAUCAGAAAAUUGUUUGGAAGCAGUUCCUAUUAUUAUUUUCCAAUUGCCUUCAUUAAAAAAGUUAAAUCUUUCUCACAAUAAACUUGAUAAUUUGCCUGUUUUGCAUGAAAGUGAAAAAAAUGAUCCAUUUAUAAACAGCAUCAAUGAGGAUGAGAACAGUCUUUCAAUGAACUGGAAUUGCCCUUGUUUAGAAGAAUUAGAUCUUCAAUAUAAUUUAUUAAAAACUCUUCCAAAAAAUGUUUUUGAGAUGCCAGCAUUGCAAAGUAUAACUUGUGGAAACAAUUUAAUAUCAUCUUUACCAUUUGAUAUGUGGAUUGCUAAAUCGUUGAAAACACUAAUUUUAGAUAACAAUCUCUUAACUGAUUUACCGGUUUUUGAUGAAAGUGCCAAAUCAAGGUCCCAUCAAAUUCUUAGGAAUAAUAGAAGUAAAGAAAAGUUAAAAGAUAUUGAUGAGCGUAUUAAGAAAAAUGCAUUUGCAACUUCUAAAGAAUUCCUAUUCAACAAAAGACCUACAUGGGAAGGAGAAUCUGAUGAUUCUGAUGAGGAGGAAGCAGAUGUUUUUAAAAAAACUGGUUUGAACAAACUAAGUUUGUCAAAUAACAAGUUGACAGAAAUUCCUAAAGGACUUGCAUGUCUUGCACCUAAUUUAACAAAGUUAAUCUUGAGCCAUAAUAAAAUAUCUGCAGUUAACUGUGUUUAUUUAUUUCCUGAACAUUUGAUCUAUUUAGAGCUUAAAGAUAACAGUAUGAAAACAUUUAAUUUAGCAGAAACGAAAAAUCUUGGAUGCUAUGCUUUUGUAAAAAGACAGGUAAGUAAACGUGUAUCUCUUCCAAGUGAAAGCUUUUUUUGUCAGCAUCAAAGGCAUAGACAACUAGAUGCAUUAUGCCAUCUUGAUCUCUCAAAAAACUCUCUUGAAAGUAUCAAUUUGUUUGUUUUGACUACUUUGUCUGCGGAUCCACAUGCUCACUCACAGGCUGAUAUUUUUUGUAAGAACCUCAAAACUUUAGAUGUCUCAUAUAAUAAACUUACCAGUUUGCCUAAUGGAAUUGGAAAAUUAAAAAAAAUGGAGUCACUAGCUGCAAAUCAGAAUCAGAUUAGCUCUCUCCCAUCUGAGUUAGGACUUUGUUCUGAUAUCUAUUCAUUACAAGUUGAUAAUGUCCUUUUAAAGCAAUUUUCUAAAAACAUUACAGAUGAUUAUGAUAAGAAAAAGAUAAAACCAUUAAUACGUCAUUUGAAGUCAUUACAUGAUAAGUCACUUCCAUUUCCAAAUAUUAAGUUGAUGCUUGUAGGUAUUCACGGAAUAGGGAAAACAACUCUGCUUAUGUCCUUAAGAAAGAAAGGAACUGGAAACUAUCAACAUGCAGAUCAUAAAUCUCAUUUUUCUGAGCGAAUAACGGAGAAAGAUUCACACAAUAAAGGUGGAAAUAAAGCAAAGUCUAAUUUGAGCACUGUUGGUGUAGAUGUUUGUGAUUGGGAAUAUGGGAAAAAGCCUAUUAAAUUUAGUACUUGGGAUUUUGGUGGCCAGAGUGAAUACUAUGCAACUCAUCAAUGCUUUUUGUCUCAACGUGCCAUUUAUUUGCUAGUAUGUCGUCUUACAGAUGAGUCAUUUGGAAUUCCACAUCUAGAGUCUUGGCUUUUGAAUAUUCAGGCUCGUGCUCCUAACACUACUGUGCUUAUUGUUGGUACACAUGCUGAUGAAGUUGACAAAUCUUCCCGUGAAAAUUUCAAAAAAGUAAUUAAAGAAAAAUUUAUAAACAUUAAAAAUGGUGAAAACAAAGUUAAUGCUCAAGAUGUUGGUUUGCCUCGUGUUGAAGAUGUUAUUGAUGUAAGUUGCCCUAAAGAUGACAAUAUUCAAGAGCUUCGCGAUCUCAUAUAUCGUACUGCUAAUAAUAUUAAAGGUCAUGGAAAGGAAGCUGAAUAUAAGUUACUCCAACAACCUGUCCCUGCUUCAUAUAUUGCUGUAGAAAAAGCAGUUUCUACAAUCGUUUUGGAAAUGAAGGAUACCAUCCCUGUUCUUAAUGCAAAGGAUUUUAGAUCAAAAGUCUAUGAACAACUUAGUAUUCAAAAAGCUGAGUUAAAAAAUGGAGAUGAAGAGCUUAAUCAAGCUGUCCGGUUUCUUCAUGAUUAUGGUACUCUGUUACACUUUGAUGAUCCCAAUUUAAGCGAUUUGUAUUUUAUUAAUCCGCAAUGGUUGUGUGACAUGUUAGCCCAUAUUAUUACUGUCAAAAGUGUGAAUCCAUGUAUCAAAAACGGCUUACUAAAAAUCAGUGAUCUAAAAAACCAAAUCUUUCGUGGCGAUCGUCUGUUUCCUUCAUCCAUGGUACCUAAGUAUGUUGAACUUCUGAAUAAGUUUGAUGUUGCUAUAAAAAUACAGCAUAAGUAUUUACUAAUUCCAUCUGGUUUGCCUGAAAAGCAAAAAGAAUGCAUUAUUGUUGCUGAAAACCAAUCUUCCUUGUUGAAAAAUCCCAUGAAUUUAAGUGCAUGUUUAAAAAAUAUUUUUCGUCGACAAUACUUACUAACAUACAUACCAAGUGGAUUAUGGGCAAGGCUGCUCACAAGGAUGAUAGCUGAUGAUCGAAUUCGUGAUAUUGUAUUAUUGUGCUGUGAUGUUCAAGGUUCCAAUGUUACUGAUAGUAGUCAAGCACAAGAUGAAAAAGAAAUCCUUAAGAAAGCAGCCCCUCCUGAAUGGGCUUGUUGGAAAACUGGUAUUGAACUGUCUUGUUUUGGAAUAAAGCUAUUGAGAGUUGGUCAGCUUGAACCAGAAGUACCUUUUUAUGGAUCAAACACCACAUCAUCGUGUGUUUUUGUUAAGAAUCCAGUAGUGGAUUUUUCAAGAAGAGUUGCGAUUGAGAUCACAGCUCCCAGCAUCACAUUAAUCAUUGAUAAAUUUGUUUUGAACAAAAAUCAAUAUUCAGAGUUGCAAGAUGAGCAAAUGGUUGGUUUUCGUGUAAAAAGUGUGCAUUACAAUUCUCAGUUGAGUGCUUGCAAAUUACUUGUUCUUACAAUUGAACAUAUUGAUACCUUGCUUGCAGAGUGGUAUUCACAGCUUGAUCGUUUUGUUGACCCUCGUGGAUUGAAGGCAGUUAGAAGAGUUUCAUUUUGCAGUAAAUGUAUUGAAAAUGAGAUUCAGAUUUUAAACAAUACAUCAAGAGAUUUUCUCAAUAGCACAACUACAGAUUUUUUUGGUGAUCUUUCCGAAGAAGAAAUUUCACAGCUAAAGUUAAUUCACACAUCUAAAAAAAACUGUAUAGUUGCUUUUGAGCUAGAACAGGGUUCAAAAUAUUUAAAUGAGAAAAAAGACCUGGUAUGUCCUAUUCAUGAUGUCAUUGACAUUAAAGCAACAUUUCCAGAUCUGUACUUUCUUGAUGUUGAAUCAGGUUAUGUCCUUAAUGAUUGUAAAAUUGUUCCAAUUAAAUUCAUUGCUAAAGGAGGAUUUGGGGAUGUUUUUGUAGCUGAAAUAAAACGUGGAGACUCAACUGUCUUAUCUGCUAUGAAGGUUCCAGGAGGUUCUGUAAAAGAAAGUAACCAAGUUUUGAUGGCCACCAUGCUGUCAUAUGAAGCUUACAAAACAAUUCGUCAAGAGGUUUCCAUUCUCCUUUCCUUGCGUCAUGAACAUAUUGUAAAGUUUUUAGGGGUAUCUUCGAAUCCAUUUGCAAUGUUUUUAGAAUUGGCACCGAAAGGUGCACUUAGUAAUUGUCUUGGUGAGUUUUCAAGUGCCGGUAAAAGACUUUCAAUUUAUACUGUCGUUGAAUCAUUAAAGCAGGUCAGUUCUGCUCUGAAGUAUCUUCACAAAGUAGGAAUUAUUUAUCGAGAUUUAAAGUGUGAUAACAUACUUGCUCGAAAGUUUCCAGAUCCGUUUAAUGAAUCCUCCUCAACAUCUCAGGUUUAUUUACUUUUAGCUGAUUAUGGAAUUAGUCGAACUGUGUUUAUUGGUGGAACAAAAGGUCAUCAAGGAACUGUAGGAUACAUAGCACCAGAAAUUUCAAAGUAUUUAGGCAAAGAGAUUUAUUCUGAAAAAGUUGAUUGUUUUUCAUUUGGUUCUUUUAUUUAUGAGUUAUUAUCUUUGCAUCGACCUUUUAACAAUAUCUCCAACAUGCAUUUAGUUAAACAAAAUAUUAUUGAUGGGAAAAGACCAAAACUGACAAAAAUGGAAAGAAAAUAUCCAGCAUUAAUUCUCUCUUUAAUGUAUCGUUGUUGGUCACAAGACCCUGAGGACAGACCAUCAGCUUCUGAAAUCAAUAGCUUAUCAUCAUUAAAUGAAUUUCAAUCUCUUUUGGAUAUUUUAGGAUUAGGCAAGCAUUUUGAUUUGCAAUGUAUAGUGACUAGUUCAGAAGAUAUUAGUAACCAUAAUGUAAUCUCCAGUCGAAGUCAGAUUGGUUCAUAUGUUUGGUUUUGUGGUAAUUUAAAUAAUCGUCCUGAAGGUGUUGUCACAGUUUUUACUUACAAUGAUUACAAAUACAACCAUAUACUAAAUCUUCAAUUAAAAGAAAAGGUUUUAGUUGCUUGUUCCGUAGGUAGUUCCAUGUGGUUUGGAACUGAAAUAGGAUCAAUUAAGGUUUACGGUGCAACAUCUUUAAAGUUAAUUGCAUUAGGAAGUUGCUCACACAAUGGAUAUAUACACGCUAUUGAACAUUAUCCUAUUUUUAAUUGUGUUAUUGUAUCAUUUUCUAAUAAUACUGUUUUCUAUUUUUCGGAUACUCUUGAUUCAUAUCAAUAUAUCAAAACUCCUGGAGAUGAUACCUUCUCUUCUCACCCUAAUACUAAACUUCGUGAGCUAAUACCUUUAAAGCAGUUUUCUUUUGAUUAUCCAAUCUAUUCUAUAGCUAUUGUGCACUCAAACUAUUCUUUGAAUCAAAGUUAUGCUAGUGAAGGUGUGACACGACCAACUAGCAGCUGUUCAACUGAAGUAUAUGAGUUAUGGUGUGGGCAAGAAAAAGGACAAAUUACAAUUUUGAAUGCAAAAACAAUGGCUCCAAUCCAGAUUAUUCCUGUGAAAAGAAAUGAGUUGGAACGCACAGUACAACAAGAUUUGACUGUCACUUUUUUGGAAACCUCUCGGUCUUAUGAAUCAUUUACUGAAACUAAAAAGGAUAGUUGUCAUAUUUGGAUAGUUACUUAUCCAGGAACUCAAGUUGAAAAGUGGAAUGUUGAUACUCGACAAGUUGAAGAAAUAUUUGAUGCUAGUCAGCAUGUUGUUUCACUAACUCUAAAUUGUUCCAAGACUUCAAAGAAAGCAAAAAUAACAAAAGCCUGCGAUGCUCAAAUUCAGUCUCUUGUUGUUGCCGAAAACAAAAUGUACGUUGGAACCUCCUCCGGAUCAUUUUUCAUAUGUGACGCACAAACGAUGAUUCCACAUACUUGGUUAAAAUGUUACAAAGAGUUAAUAAGCUUUAUAACGCCUUUUCGUAUGAAAACUGGUGCUAAUGAAGAGAAUGAAGAAAAACUUAUAUUAACUUGUGGACAAAACUGUUUAGAUCAAUGGUCGCGUAAGGUGGAUUGCAUCAAUUAUACUUCGAGUAAAGAAAUGACAGUGUUAACAUGGAAUACAAAAAAAUUAUGAUUGUUAGAAGAUAUUGCUUUAUAUUGAAAUCUGUGCUUAAUAUUUUUCAACAAUAAAAGUAUUUUAUAAAUUUUUUUAACAAAUAAUAUUUUAAAAUAAAUUAAAAUUUUCUAUACUUUAAAAAAAAAAAUUGACAAAUAAAAAUUUUUUUACUUUAUAGUUA